CAGGGCUGGGGGACGCGUUGUUCACGCCUCGUGUCUCUGCCUGGCGGGUCCCUGUCUCAGCAGCUCGGGCUCUGGUGGGGGGGGAUCCGGGUCCCAGCCCGGGGGGGGGAGGCGGUGACGCUGCAGCUGCUGCCGCUAGUCCCCCCCCACCCGCCCGGCUGCUUCGCAGAAGAGACGAGCGGAGCCAACCCCCGCAAGAUGAGCUCCGAGAAAACAGGCUUACCGGACUCUGGCCCCCACACCUCCCCCCCUCCCUACAAUGCCCCACUGCAGCCGCCCCCUCCCCCACCCGAUGCCCCCAAUAAUGCCCCCCUCUUCCCCGGCUACAGUGACCCCCCACACCUGCCCCCCCACUCCGGCACCGCCACCCUGCCUCGCCUCGGGGGCGCUGCCACCCUGCCCCGGCCACCCCCCACCUCGGCCACCUUGCCCCGGCCCCCCCACCACCACUCGGCCACCCUGCCACGCCUGCCCCCUGACCCCUACAUGCAGGAGACCCAGUUCAACGCCCCCCCACAGGGCUACAUGGUCCAGACUCACCCGCCCAUGGGGACCCUGCCCAUCGGGGGGUACAUGCACCCCGGCUACCCUGUGCAGCUGCAGCCCUGCACGGCCUACGUCCCGGUGUACCCCGUAGGCACGCCGUACCCCACCAGCAACCCGCCCCCACCUCCGGGGGUCUCCCCCCCCCAGAUGCCCCCAGGAAUCGCCAUCCUGGAGCCGCGCCGGCCGCCCCACGACUACCUGCCCAUCGCGGUGCUCACCACCAUCUGCUGCUUCUGGCCCACGGGCAUCAUCGCCAUCAUCAAAGCCGUGCAGGUGCGGACAGCCGUGGCGCGGGGGGACAUCGUCUCGGCCGAGAUCGCGUCGCGCGAGGCCCGGAACUUCUCCUUCAUCAGCCUGGCCGUGGGCAUCGCCGCCAUGGUGCUGUGCACCAUCCUCACCGUCGUCAUCAUCAUCGCCGCCCAACACCACGACAACGACUGGGACCCCUAGCCCCGCCCCCGGCCCGCUGGCCCCGCCCCCGGCCCCGCCCCCGCCUGCCAACUGGGGCCCCCCAGCACCACGACAAUGACGGGGACCCCUAGCCUCGGCCCCGCCCCCGCCUGCCAACCGGGGCCCCCCAGCACCAUGACAACGACGGGGACUUCUAGCCCCACCCCCACCUGCCAUCCAGACCCGCCUAGCACCACGACAACGAUGGGGACCCCUAGCCCCGCCCCCGGCCCGCUGGCCCCGCCCCCGGCCCCGCCCCCACCUGGCAACUGGGGUCCCCCAGCACCACGACAAUGACGGGGACCCCAAGCCUCGGCCCCGCCCCCGCCUGCCAACCGGGGCCCCCCAGCACCACGACAACGACGGGGACCCCUAGCCCCACCCCCCACCUGCCAUCCAGACCCGCCCAGCACCACGACAACGACGGGGACCCCUAGCCCCGCCCCCGGCCCGUUGGCCCCGCCCCCGCCUGCCAACCGGGGCCCGCCCAGCACCACGACAACGACGGGGACCCCUAGCCUCAGUUCCUCCCCAUGCUGGCCCCACCCAGCGCCUGCCCCGCCCGCCAACCAGGCCCCACCUACUGCUGCCCUUGCCCCCCAGUCAGGCCCUGCCUGCUGCUGGCCCCGCCCACUGCCAGCCCCACCUGCCAGCCAGGCUGACGAUCCCCUGCAGAUGCCAUUACCCACAAUCCCCUGCAGCCAUUGCCAACAUUACCCGGAAUCCCUUGCAGACCCGCCCACCAGGUAUUGUCCCCCAGGAGACCCAUGAUGCUUUGCAACCCCUGCGCUAGCCAGCGACACCCAGAAUCCCCUGCAGCCACCACCCUCUGGGAUACCCAGGAGCCUUUGCAGCCUCUCCUGGCUCCGGCCCUGCCCCUCAGUCACCCCGGUAUCCAUGACAACACCCCCCUUCCUAGCAGAGUCUUUCCCAUGAUCCUUUGUAACCAUUGCCCCCCAUCCCUCCCCACAGGCAUCUUUGGCUCUGCCCCCUUGGCAGCCCCCCAGCCCGCCCCAACUCAGCAAUUCCCAUAAUCCUUUGCAAGUGUCCUUUUCCCAUCAGCACCUCCGGCUCUGGCCCCUAGGGACAAGCUCCGCCCCCUGGCCUCACACCCUGCCCCUUUGGCCACCCCCGUCAAUGGAUGCUACCCAUAAUGCUUUGCACCCACCAUAUUCUUCCCCCAGCCUUGGGUCUGACUCCACUCCCACAUGAUUAGGCCACGCCUCAUUGGCUCAGGCCACACCCCCUGGCUUGCCCUAAAUAUAUGCCUGAGCUUCCCCAUUAGACCACACCCCUUCACGUCAGGCUCUGCCCCAUCAUUCCCCUCAAUAUCCUCAUGCCUUGAUUGCUCCCCCAAAGCUCCGAUUGGCUUCUCCCAAUUGGCUCCACCUUUUCAGCACCGGCUCCGCCCUCUCUUCCCUCUUGGCCUUUCCCCACAGCCCUUCCCCCUUUUAGCCCCUCCCCCAUAAACAUUUUGCUCCAGAUUGUGGGGGUGCAAACCCCAAUAUAUCACAGAGCUGUACAUAGCAAUGAAAUAUCCCCUUGCCAAGGUGUGACCCCCAGCAUGAGCCCCCCAAAUCUGUGACACUGGCCCUUUAAGAUACACAACCCUUCCCACUCCAAAAGAGACCUCUCUUUUCCCUCGGCCCAAACCCUUCCCACUCCAAAAGAGACCUCUCUUUUCCCUCGGCCCCUGCAAGUGAGUGAUGCCGCCCCUCUGGGACGCCACCUCUGGCCCCCCAUGGGGGCGUUCCUGGUUCAGGGGGAUGGUGGAGGCAGGGAUGGGAGAAGUUUGAGGGUCCAAUUUCUGGGGUUUGGGGUGUUUGGAGUCUGGAGGUGGAAUCACUGGAGUGGGGGAGACACUGUUCAUUAUUGGGGUCCCCCUAAGUCACUCCCACCCAACACACUGUCCCAAAGCCUAGAUAUCUGGGGAUCCCUUGCAGUGACCCCAAAUGGGACAGGAUCACUGGGCUAGCGGGGGGCUGCGGGUCAGGAGUGAGGGGCACUGGCAGAGCUCAGGGGGGCGCUGUGUUGUGUGGUCCAUUGUACCCCCCUAUAUGGCCCUGGUCCCUGUGCGAUCCGGCCCCUCCCAGUUCCUUUCCCCGUCGCGGGACGCGACGCGACGUUUCUGUUUGCAAGUGACCUGGGUUAAUAAAUCUCUAUUGAUAACAA